UAUACUUUUCCUAUUAGCAAAAAUAGUUUUUGGGGUUGAGAGAAAUGCCUCCUGCUGCUUUGGCGUCUUAUUUUAUUCAUCUUAUUCAACUAUUUUCCCUACCUUUACACUAAAUUCUUCCUCCCUUCUUCCUCUUCAAAUUCUUCCCUUCCCUCAAAAAUUGUAAAAAAAAUAAGGUAAAAAGCCACAUUGCCGUCGUUACAAAAAACAGAAGAAAAUUUUUUCCUUGGUUCCUCAGUUAUUUUCCUCAAUUCCUCCCUCAUUUUCCACAAUUCCUCCGUCAGUUCCUCCCCCAGUUCCUUACUCAAUUUCCCCUUAUUCCCUUGGUUCUCUCUCAUUUUCCUCAAUUUCUCCCUUCAAUUCUCCCUCAGUUCCCCGCUUAUUUUCCUCAGUCUCCCCUUAUUUUCCUCAAUUCUUCCCUCAGUUCCUCGGUUCCCCCUCAAUCCCUCUCCCCUCACAUUUUUUCACAUAAAUUAUAUAUUUUUCUAUAUAUUUUUUUCCAAGUUGAGUCACCCCAACAACCUCCUCUCCCUCCCUCUUUUAACAUUUCCUCACAUACAUUUUUUCAUCUUUUACGAAAUAAGCUCCCUCAAAAAUUUUUAUAGACGGGGCAAAAUAUAAAAUAAAAUAAAAAUAUUAUGAUUGCGCUCUUUUUGGACAUUGUUGUCGUUUCUUUGAUUUUUCUCUUUUUUGCUUCCUACCACCGCCUAUUUUCGAGGCGAACAAAUAAAGGCUUAAUACAAACACAAAAAAGUUGGGGAACAGUUAUAGCUACUACAUUUAAUAAAACUACAAAUAAAGUCAAUAAUAAUAAUAAUUUUAAUAAUAAAAUGCCUAGCACGGCGAAAGAAAAUUUAAUUGAACAACAAAAAGUAACAAAAAUGAACUCGGAUACUCAAUCUAAACAACAAAUACUUUUUGAAGAUCCAGAAUUUCCUGCAAUCUGGCAGAGCAUAUAUUGCGAGGAGAGGGAGUCUGAUCUACCCUCUCCUAAAGGAAUAAUAUGGAAACGUCCUUGGGAAAUUAAUAGUAAUGCCUGUUUUAUUCGUAACCAACCAGACAAUUCAGCCUUCCAAUUAAAAGAUAUAGUCCAAGGCCAAUUACGCGAUUGUUGGUUGGCGGCCGCGCUUUUAGCGCUGAUUCAAUCAGAAGAACAUUUUAAUGCAGUUAUUGACCCAACUUUAAAUAAUAAAUUAAAUGAUGAAAAUUAUACAGGUAAAUUUGCUUUCAAUUUUACUAUCAAAGAGACUACAAGGGAAGUUAUUGUUGAUGAUCUUUUACCCACAAAAAAUUGCCAACUUUUAUUUAUGCAUUCAUCUGAUGGAUUAACAUUUUGGGCUGCUUUAUUAGAAAAAGCAUUUGCAAAAUUAUAUGGUUCUUAUGCAGCAUUAGAAAAUACCAAUCAUUUCUAUCAAGCCUUGAGGCUUUUAACUGGUCCAGGCACUAUAAGAUUAUACAUGUUAAGAGAUAUUACUCGAUCUCAAUUAAUUCGGCUAUUUUCUACAAGAAUAACAGACAUUAGAUUGUGUAGAUUUUGUUGUACAGUAACGAAUGGAUUUAUUGAAAAGAAGGGCCAUACAGGAAGAGGAGUUUUAGCCAUGCGUUCAUUCACUAUUCUUGACUUUAUUGAAGAUCGGCGGAGGAACAAUUACUUAAUAAAAAUUAGAAAUCCUUGGUCUAGAACAACAACAUCACAAACUAAUACUUCAAAAUCAACAGAAAACAAUUCUCCAAAAUGGGAAUACGUUUCUCCAAGAUUUCGAGGAAUUAUACAAAAAAUCGAGAAUGGUUCCUUCUUAUUGGGAAUAGAUUCAUUCCAUUCAUUUUUUGAUUAUAUUGAAUGGUGGCAGAAGGAAGAGGAGGAAGUUGAGGAAGAAAAUAAAAAGAAAAAGGAAGAAAAAUUAAUUCAACAGCAACCCCCACCUCCAUACGAAACUACAACUUUAUUGAAAGUAGAAGUUUAGAAGCUUUAAAAAUAUUUUAAAAAAUAAAACAACAGAUAUAUAAAUGCCCAGAUGUUUUAAAGGAAAAUAAAAAAAAGAUGCUCAUCACUUAAAAAAUAUUUUUUGAAGAAAGAUUUACUAUAUUUAUUUAUUUAUUUUGAUUUGUGUAAAUAGACAUAUUACUGAUUUAAUUUUUAAUUUGUAUUUAAGCUUAAAGACUAAAAUAAAUUGAAAAAUAUAUGAGAGUAUAUGUUUAUUAUCUCUCCUAGAUAUCC